AUGGCAGGUAAAACUUUGAAUGCUUUGUUUGAUUCUGGAGCUUCAUAUACUUUUAUUGCAUUUGAGAAGGCUGAUGAGCUAGAAUUGAAAAUAGUAGUACUGGGGUAUGAUUUAAAGGUAUAUAAUGCUACCCACGAGGCUAUGGUGACUAAGUUAGGGUGCCCCCAAGUUCCUUUUCGAGUACAAGGGCGUGAUUUCGUGCAUAACUUAAUUUGUUUACCGAUGAUUGGUCUUGAUCUCAUUCUGGGAUUGGACUGGUUAUCCAAGAACCGCGUUCUACUAGAUUGCUCGACAAAAACAGUGUAUUUCAUGCCUGAAGGCACUGAAGGGCAAGUUGUAGUGAAUAACUACUACUUGAAUUCCAUGAUGGUGAACUGUUCUAGGGCUGAAUGUCAGGGGAUAUUGUUGCUAGCUGCGGAAAUUUUGGGUGAUGAUCAGAACUUGGAACAAAUCCCCGUUGUGUGUGAGUUUCCAUAA